CAACAGUUGAAUAUAAAGCAAUUGUAAAAUACCCAAUUGAUUUCAAUAAAAGGAAAAAACAAAUAUAAACCCUCAAACAAUUCGAUAUCGAAGCAAAAUGCGCGCCGUUCAAGAUCUAUGGCUGAGUAACAUAUUUGACUCCAGAAUGGUGCUGCAGAAUCACAACACUGUGGUUGCCCGCUCCACACUGACGCCGAACAGCAGCAGCCAGAACUUUGGCUCCCACCACGGUGGCCAAUCGCUGGGCGUGGGUCGGACACCGUUGAGAAGUGGACCGAGCAACCAGCGUCCGAUUGUCGAUCUGCUGGUGGCCAUGGUGGCUGUCCCUGUGUUGAUAUUGUGCGCCUUGCAGCUGGAGAAGAAUCUGCACGAGAUGCACGACAGCGCGGAGUCGCGUUGGCUUGUGUUUGCUUUGGGGAUUGGCAUGCUGGUGAUCAGUGUGAUCAUCUGUGGCUAUGUCACACAUCGCAUGGGCGUCUGCAUCUGGGCUGGACCCAUCGACGAGGCCGGCAAUCGUGCUGGCAAUGGAGCACUCCCCCACAUCAACUCACAGAAUGAUGUGCUGCGCAUUGUGGACUCGCUGCCGCCCAGCUAUGAGAGUGUGGUCAAGUGUGAUCUGCCUCCGCCGCCAUACGAUUGCCUCGUCAUCGAUGUGGAGCAGAGCAAAGCCAUGCAGCCGCAGACAUCGUCGAAGGAUGCGUCCCAAGCUCAGACGGCUUCCGGUUCCAUUUCCAUAGCCAUAUCAGGCGCAACUCUGCACAUCUGAAAUGGGAAGGAAAUGAAAAGCGAUGGCAUCAAAUAAACAGAGAUAGAGCUAGGGAGAGAGUGAGAGAGGGGGGGCAAAGGCAAAGCAGUGAGAGGAGAGAGAAAAAAGAGAUUUUUCGCUUGUGGCAUUGAAUUUGAAUCUGUACUUGACCUACUACACGAUGGCGCCAUCUAACGGUGGCUUUUGGCUAAGCAUAUGGCGAUGUAUUUACUUCGAUUUAAGAUCUUAGAGUAUUGUUUUUUUUUUUUCUUUUUUUUUAUCUAUAGCGCAUUCACUGCUUAACGAUAAACACGUUUCUGUCUUUUUGUUUUUUUUCUUCUAAUGUUUUUUUUUUUUGUUCUAUUAUUUCUAACUUUGUCUACGCAGCAUUGUAAAUAUUCCUAAACACAGCAUCUAGUCCAAAGUUGUACAUAACCUAAAAGAGCUAUAGAUAAAUAUGCCCAAAAAUAAUAAUGCGUACGAGUACAUUUUGUAUUUACUAGAGACAUAUACUAUACACUAUAUAUAUAUCUAUAUAGUUGAUAUGUAAUUGCAUCCAUACACAUUUCAUUGCCAAGUUUGUAUGGGACGUCGAAGUUGGAGGAGGAGCAGGAGGAGGGGGAAAGGGGGUUACAUAGCAAGUUAGCGAUUACCAUAUAGUCUGUAGCUUUGUAUUUAUAUACUUACUUAAUACAUUAUAAUGUAUAUAUUUGUAUGUGCAGUUAUCGCGUAUCGAUAGCCAUCAAUAACGAUUACAUUUAGCUGAUUUCCAAAAUAAAGAAUUCCUAUUAAUAUUAAA